AUGGCUGCAGCAGUGCUGGUUUUCAUGAGCCCAAAACAGUCAAAUUUCCACUAUUUCAACCCUAAUUCCAACACUUCUUUGAAGUCGGAUCAUUUGCUUCUCAACAAUGGAUUAGUUAAAAAUAAUAUCACAAGAAUAGAAGGACCGGAGAGAAAAUACAGCCCUUUAGCUAAAGUGGAAGCGGAUCUUGCCCAAGCCCGAGCCUCAAUUCGGGCCGAGUUGGCAGGAAACCACACAGAUAUAGUUGACCCGGAUUACGUUCCAACCGGGCCGAUGUAUUGGGACCCCAAGGUCUUCCAUAGAAGCUAUAUUGAGAUGGAGAAGAGAUUGAAGGUGUACAUAUACGAAGAAGGUGAGCCUCCUGUAUUCCACUUUGGACCUUGCAAACACACCUACGCCAUAGAGGGAAUCUUCAUCGGUAACAUGGAAGUGAGCUUGUUUCGAACGUUCGAUCCCAACGAAGCUCAUCUCUUCUUCCUCCCGAUUAGUAUCACGAUGAUCACCCAAGUCAUCUUCGUGCCCGAAACCCAUGAUUGGACCCACAUGAAGAGCACGACUAAGGACUACAUCAACGUUAUCGCGAACAAGUAUCCUUAUUGGAAUCGAAGCCUCGGAGCCGAUCAUUUCAUGCUCGCUUGCCAUGAUUGGGGGCCCGAGAUUUCGUUCGCGAUCCCGCAUCUCUACCAGAACGCGAUCCGCGCCCUGUGCAACGCCAACACCUCCGAGCGCUUCGACCCGGCCCGCGAUGUCUCAGUCCCGGAGAUCCACCUCCCCACGGGCACGACGAGCGGGCUCCUGGGCGGGCCGCCCCCGUCGCGCCGCCCCAUCCUCGUGUUCUACGCGGGCGGGGUCCACGGCCCAAUCCGGCCGGUCCUCCUGGAGCACUGGGAGAACGCCUCGGACCCGGACGUGCAGGUGCACCGCUACCUCCCGCGCAACAUGUCGUACUACGGCAUGAUGCGCAGGAGCCGCUACUGCAUCUGCCCGAGCGGGUACGAGGUGGCGAGCCCCCGGAUGGUCGAGGGGCUCUACCUUGGGUGCGUGCCCGUGCUGAUCAAGGAGGGCUACGUCGUGCCCUUCAGCGACGUGCUCGAUUGGGAGAAGUUCGCGGUGAUCGUGCCGGUGAAGGAGAUUCCCAACUUGAAGAAGAUUCUCGCCGGGAUAAAGCUGCGGGACUACCUGCAGCUGCAGCGGCGGGGGAUCAAGAUGCGCCGCCACUUCGAGGUCAACACGCCGCCGCGGAGGUACGACGUUUUCGGCAUGAUUCUGCAUUCCAUAUGGCUGAGGAGGCUCAACGUCCGCCUCCGUCACGACGGAGAUGCCGACUAA